CUCUCUUCACCCGGGCUGGUUGGCGACUUCCGUCAUGUCUCAGGCUAUCGGCAACACUGCGCUGGCGUAUGCCAAAGUGUGGCACCACGUCGAUGCCUCUGAGCGUGUGCUCGGCAAGCUUGCUGAGCGUAUCGCCAUCGUUCUCAUGGGCAAGCACAAGCCUAUAUACGAUCCUGCAGCGGAUUGCGGUGACUAUGUUGUGGUCACCAACGCUCGCAACAUCAAGGUUACCGGCAAGAAGUCUCAGCAGCUGGUCUACCGACACCACACGAUGUUCCCUGGAGGCUUGAAGGAGAUCCAGUACAAGGACAUGAUGCGGCGGAAACCAGACGAGAUCAUUCGUCAAGCGGUAUCCGGCAUGUUGCCCAAAAACAAGCUUCGAGAGCGGAGACUAGAGCGGCUACGCAUAUUCGCCGACGACGACAUGGGUGUUUUCCAGCAGAACAUCCUGAAGCGCUGGGAGGACGGCACUCUUCCUGCCCGCACAAAUUAGCCUAUGUUACUGUUGUCGGUUGGUACUUAUACUCUGCUCUAAUAUCUGAUUUCUCGGUCGUC